CUGGAGCUCCAGACCACAGCCUGCAGAGAUUUAUACACAGAAACCGAGCAGACUGGAGGAGGCUGGAGUGAAUUAGCGUCAUUAGCUCUGUUAAAACUUUAGAUAGCUAAGCUAAGCUAACUAGUUAGUUUAGAAACUUUGUAUAAAGCUGUAAAUCUGGGCUCUUUCUCCUGAUGACUGAUAUUCUUCAGGCCCUGGAGUUGGAGACCGAGCGGAGCGGCUUACCCACUCUCUCCCAGCUCAACAAACACGAUGUGGAUCAUAUUUGGGCAAACGUGGCGUCUUUUAUUGAGCGACAGAUGGCCUUGCAAAAGGCGGUGUGCAUUUCUGGUCUGGGAACAUUCACAUUCUCUCAGCUGAAGCUGGAUGUGGGCAGCAAGUAUGUUCUCAUUCAGCGGCCGAUCUUCCAGCUGUCUGAGAGACUUUGCCAAACUCAUGGCCUCAAACACACCAAAGCUCUUGCUGCAGGGGACAUUCCAGUGGUGCCACUCAACUUCACUGCUCUGUCUGUGGAGAGCCCAUUUGACCGGGACGUGGUGGAGGGCUGCAUCCAUGACACACUUCUCCUGCUGUACCGUUCCAUUUCCCCCCAUCGCUCCUGCUUCUUCACCUUCAGAGGCAUCGGCAUCCUCUUCUUCCACCACGGCAACGUCAAGAUGAAGUUCUACAAAGACUUCAUCACCUCUAUGGAUGGCACUGGAAAACUCUUGUGGGCCAUGACCAAUAGACCUGGAACGAGCAGCUCUGUAGUUUCUGGGAAACUCUCCCAUCUCCAGCGACCCAUGACCAGCAAUGCCAUCCUGCUUCCCAAAAUCUCCCCAGGAGAGUCACCAAGAGAUGCUAAGGAAGAUGAGGGUUCGGACCCAGUUGCCAAACCUCAUAAUGGAGAAGGAAAAGAGGUCCAAUUUGUAGCACAACCCAAGUCCAGGCUAUUUGUAGCUAAAACAAAUGCAGUCAGCUCAACAGAUGAUCCAGAGGCCAAGGCACAGCAAGACAGAGUGGAAAGGCAUGCUGAAUUCUCUCAGCCACCAGAGAGCGCUGUUAAACAAGUGGAAGUAAAGGUAGAGGAUCCCUCUGCCACUCCAACCUGCCUAAACCACACUCGAGCUGGACAGGAGCUGUGCUACCUGUGUAUGCAGCGAACACAGCGUAAUAUACCCCUGUAUCUGACGGAGGAGAAAAUGAAAGCAGAAAAGGAGGAGGAAAAGGUCCUAUUGCUCGCCGAACAACACAAGGACGAGCAGUUUCUGAAGAUGGAGCAGAUCCAACAAGAGGAGGAUCGAGAAUACAACAAGAAGACUGCAGCAUUUAAUCUUGAGAUUGCUGAAGCAUUAAAAGCAAAGAAGUCAGCCAGGCCCUCCCAGUUUGACGGCUCAUAUAUCUUCCAUGGACGCCCAGUCACCCCUCCCAUGCUCCUUAAGCAGAAGCGCUACAUGCAGGAACUGUUGGAGCAGGCAGCCUACAGGAGGCAGCAGAACACACAGAGCAAACGAAACCACGAGCUCAUUGACCGGCUGCACCAGAUCCAGCUCGCAGACGAGAUUGCUAAACAGAGAUCUCAGGAAAUUCAUCAGAAGAAGGAGAACAUCAAGAGCUAUCAGAAGGCCCUGAGCGCACAACUGGAGCAGCGGGCCACAGGGAUCCCCGCUCGGCAGCCUGACUCAGACGGCCCUGUGUUUGGGGUACGGGACAGAGCUCCAUCAGCAUUAGCAGAGCAGAAGCAGAGAGCCAGAAAACUGUACCAGGAGCAGCUGAGCACAGCUAACACCAAGAGGAAAGAGGCUCUUUUUAAUCGGCUCGAGGUGCAGAGGAAGGAAAGGGACAUGCUGCACUGCAGCCGCAAAGAACUGAUAGCAGACAGGAUCUCCAGGUACGAGAAGUUACGGAACGUGCGAGCCUCCCUGGAGGACACAUGGACCCGCAGUGCUGAUCUGAAACACCACCGAGACCAAGAGGAGAGAGAUUUCAUCAGGUCGGGCAGCAGGCUGCUGAUAGACCAGUGUCAGCAGUAUCGCCGCUGCCAUCAGUGCAAGAGGAAGACCAGUAACUGCGGAGAGAGUAACAUCUGGAAGGAGUCCCGCUACAUCCCCGGCUCCCGGCUAAUGGUGUAGCCUUCUGACAGUGAAGGGAUCCUUAGAAAAUAUCAACCAAUCCAUGACUGACAGCAACUGACAGAAAACAGCGAAUCUAGAACAACAAGACUUUAAUAUUUGACACAUUUAAACUUUGUGUUUGUUUAUUGUUAUUGUCUGAUAUCAUGAUUGUUAUAAAACGUGUAGGUAUAUCACAGUCACGUUUAAUAAAAAGCACACUGAUGUCAAAAAAUGUUAAUAAAAUGUGUGAAAGCAACUAAAUGAACCUCUUUUAGUGUGAAAAUAUCUGACAUCUUCUGUUUAUAUCUCAAGAAGGAUCUUAGGCUCAUUUUAAAGAUGUGAAAGACUCAUUGCCAGUUAUUGCAAACACUUUGUAACAGUGUUUUUUCAUGUAUUGUACUACAGGGGUUGGACAAUGAAACUGAAACACCUUUAAUUUUAGUGUGGGAGGUUUCAUGGCUAAAUUGGAGCAGCCUGGUGGUGAAUCUUCAUUAAUUGCACAUUGAACCAGUAAGAGCAGAGUGUGAAGGUUCAGUUAGCAGGGUAAGAGCACAGUUCUGCUCAAAAUAUUGCAAUGCACACAACAUUAUGGGUGACAUACCAGAGUUCAAAAGAGGACAAAUUGUUGGUGCACAUCUUGCUGCCGCAUCUGUGACCAAGACAGCAAGUCUUUGUGAUGUAUCAAGAGCCACGGUAUCCAGGGUAAUGUCAGCAUACCACCAAGAAGGACCAACCACAUCCAACAGGAUUAACUGUGGACGCUGUAAGAGGAAGCUGUCUGAAAGGGAUGUUCGGGUGCUAACCCGGAUUGUAUCCAAAAAACAUAAAAACCUGAUCAAAUCACGACAGAA